CCAGGGGCGCUGCCGCAAGUUCUUUUGUUAAAUUGGGACCAUACAGAAUUCUUUUCUUUCUGCGUCUUUCCUACUUUUGCUCAUAUCCGAUCGUUUUAUAAAGAGCACCGUCUAUUCACAAUGCGCUUUUCCUCCGUUCUCCUUGUUGGGAGCAUGGCUUGUCUUGUUUCAGCCAACCCAGCAAUCAGACAUACAUCCAAUGCAAAACGGAGUGCUUGCUCUGGAAACACUGCCACCACACGAACUGAAUGGUGCGAUUAUGAUAUAAAUACCGACUACACGUCCGAAGUCCCAGAUACAGGCGUCACGCGGGAGUAUUAUCUCGAGCUGAUCGAGGCAACUGUUGCUCCUGACGGCUACUCGAGGACUGCCCUAACAGUCAAUGGGUCUAUCCCUGGUCCAACCUUAGAGGCCGACUGGGGCGAUACCGUCGUUGUUCAUGUCACAAACAGCCUGACAGAAUCAAAGAACGGCACUAGCAUCCAUUUUCAUGGCAUUCGCCAAAACUAUACGAACCAGAACGAUGGCGUAGUCGCCAUCACUCAGUGUCCAACUGCCCCUGGAGAUUCCAUAACCUAUACUUGGAGAGCCACACAGUAUGGUAGUACCUGGUAUCACUCCCAUUUCGACCUCCAGGCAUGGGAGGGUGUGUUUGGAGGCAUAAUCAUCAAUGGACCUGCAAGCUCCAAUUAUGAUGAAGACAAGGGAAUAUUGAUCCUCAAUGAUUGGUCUCAUCAAACUGUUGACGAACUAUACCCCACGGCGCAGUCAUCUGGACCGCCAACGUUGGAUAAUGCAUUGAUCAAUGGCACCAAUGUCUACGGAGACGAUGGUGAUUCCGACCAGACCGGAUAUAGAUUCAACACCUCAUUUACCGCUGGCACCUCCUAUCGUUUCCGCCUGGUGAAUGCGGCUAUUGAUACACACUUCAAAUUCUCCAUAGAUAACCAUACUCUUACGGUUAUUGCAGCGGACCUCGUUCCUAUUGAGCCAUACAAUACUACCGUCUUGGAUAUUGCAAUAGGCCAGCGAUACGAUGUUAUUGUGACCGCCGAUCAAUCCGACGUGGCGGAUAACUUCUGGAUGCGUGCAAUUCCCCAGGAGGCCUGCUCCGACAAUGACAGCACCGACAAUAUCAAAGGCAUUGUGUACUAUGGUGACUCGCCAUCUACACCGACAACUACAGGCUACUCAUACACUGAUUCCUGCGAUGAUGAGGAUCUCAGUAACCUCGUGCCUGUCGUCUCAAAGGACGUCUCCACAGGGACCUGGCAGGACCUCGAAGACGUGACUGUCGGAACGAAUUCAGAGAGCCUGUUCCGCUGGUACCUGAACGAAACAACAUUCCAAGUUGAAUGGAACGAUCCAACGCUUCUGAAGCUUUAUAAUAACAUUACCAAUUUCACUACUAGCAGCGGCGUCAUCAAACUUCCCGACGCCAACGAAUGGGCCUAUAUCGUCAUUCAAACUACCUUAGCAGUGCCACACCCGAUUCACCUCCACGGCCAUGAUUUUUUUAUCCUUGCGCAAGGCACAGGAACGUACAAUUCGUCUGAUUUGGGUAGCUUGACGAAUCCGCCACGACGGGAUACAGCCAUGCUUCCUAGCUCUGGGUAUCUCGUGCUAGCUUUCAAGACGGAUAACCCCGGUGCUUGGCUAAUGCACUGCCACAUAGGCUGGCAUACGGAGGAAGGCUUCGCUCUUCAAUUCAUAGAAAGAUAUAGCGAGAUUUCAGGUCUGAUUGAUUAUGACACAUUGGACACGACCUGUGCCGCGUGGAAGUCAUAUGAGAGUGAAAACGACGUCGAGCAAGACGAUUCUACCGAAUCUGGUGUCUAG